UUGAGCUCAGGCAUGGUAGCUGUGUCCGAAAGGGGUAAUGAAACAGGUUGUGUGCCUUGCAUAAAAGUGUUAGAACCAGGCUGGAACACGGUGAGAGUUCUAGGUGUAUGUGCUGGUAUGGGACCAGUCCUGGCCUGCCCCUGGGGCAUCUCUAUAGAUACAGAUGGUAAUGUGCUGGUAGCAGACUGGGGGGAGCAGCACAGGGUCCUGUUAUACCCAGCACAGGGAGUCGGGUGGCCGAUAGUAACCCAGGGGUUGAGUAGUCCACGUGGACUGACCCUGCUACCUGAGGGCCAACUAGCUGUGUCUGACAGCAUGCACCAUUGCAUUAAGAUAUACCAGUACAAAGUGACCCAGGAGUAGAGAGAACAUGUUGAUGUUUGAAGAUACAAGAAACUGUGUUAGGGUAACCUGAGAUCUAGUGGGUAUUUAUACUUAAUAAAACUAAUUUGGGUAAUUUUACUGCUGAACUGCAACUACAAUCAGAUGCAGCUCCUGU